UUUUUUUUUUCUUUUCUUUUUCGAACCAGCGAUAACGUAACCCAGCAAACGGCUGCCUUUGCCUUCCUCUGGGAAAAAAGAAGAAAUGGAUUCACAGAAGCCCCCGGAAUUCAUACUGGACGUCUUUACGGACCCACGAUCUGUCCGCGACGUUGUUAAAGGCAUACUACAUACAAUCUUCUUCAACCGAUUCUUCCCCUCUCUCACCCCGCAAACGCACGAAGUCCUGGAUGUCACUCUCCCCUACGUCAACGACGAGGAGCUCCAGACCAUGAUUGAGCAAGGCGUCUCCGCACUCGAUCGCCAGCUCGACGCAGAACGAUUGUCCAACUCGGGCGCGCCGACGAACCGAGACAGAAUCAAUGGCGCCGGUAGCGGAGGAAGAGGCCAAAUCACCGUCCAGUUCUUCGACCAGAAACGACGCAAGCCGUGGCCGUCACUCGGAGUGGAGGAGGUCUGCUGGGAGACUUGGACAAUCAAAGUGACUGUUGCUGAGCCGAGAACUGAAAAUGAACGAGCAAAGGUUCGCAGAGCCAUGGAGCAGACCCUCUUCACCACCGCCAUGAAAAUCGUCACCUUCGUCAACACCCACAGAGACCAUAUCCCGCCCAUCACCACCCAAGGCGGCAACCCGUUUCCCUACAAGAUCAACGUCGAGUCCAAGGAAACCGGCUGGCUAUCUCGUAUACGAAUGUACCACUGAAAAGUCCCGGUUUCUUUUCUUCAUACAACAUGCAACAACCCGAACUGGAGUCCGCCACUGCCACUUUCCUCCUCGCGUUUCAUCUAUUUAUCCCAUAACACGCAAAGGCCACGAACAUUUACGACUCCCAAUUUAUCACCACCGUUUUUCUGCAAUAUCUCAAAUCAAAAUACAACAACAACUACGAUGACAAAUGACAGAUAAAGGUUCAACCCAAUACAGCCAAAUAGACUUGGAGGGAGGGGAUUUUGACGUGUGCGCCCCCGAUUGGGUAAACUGUACAUAGGCGUUCUACACGGGCGUUUUUUGGGGCCACCUGGAUGGGAGGUGAAAUGGAUUUUGAAUUUAUUAAAUUAAUGCAUGGUCAAGGUACCUACAGGUAGUUACCAAGGUAGCUCUACCAGUUACAUCACAAG